AUGCCCAAUCGUGGCCCUCGCUACCGGCCCUCGCUUGAAGCUCUCCCCCAAAACUCGGUUCUCGAAAUCCCAGACACACGUCAACUCAGGUCGGCUACCAUGGCACCCGCAGACAAGUACUCGAUUAUCCUGCCCACAUACAACGAACGCAAGAACUUGCCAAUCAUUUGCUGGUUGAUUGAAAAGACGUGUCGCGAGAAUGAGCUCGAUUGGGAGGUAAUCAUUGUGGACGACGCAUCCCCCGAUGGUACUCAAGAAGUAGCCAAGCAGCUACAGGAAUUGUGGGGAGAAGACCAUAUUGUCCUAAAGCCGCGUGAAGGAAAGCUCGGUCUUGGAACUGCGUACGUUCACGGCUUGCAGUUUGUCACUGGAAACUUCGUGAUUAUUAUGGACGCCGAUUUUAGCCACCAUCCCAAAUUCAUCCCAGAAAUGAUUAAAAUCCAAAAGGAGACUAGCUGUGACAUUGUCACCGGAACGAGAUAUGCGAAUCGAGGCAACCUAUGUGGUGGUGUUUUUGGGUGGGAUCUGUUUCGCAAGCUGACAUCGCGCGGGGCAAAUUUGAUCGCGGAUGUCAUGUUGAUGCCAGGAGUUAGCGAUCUCACCGGCAGUUUCCGACUCUAUAAAAAACCUGUACUAGAAAGAGUCAUCAAAAUCACUGAGAGCAAGGGGUACACAUUCCAGAUGGAAAUGAUGGUCCGCGCCAAAGCAAUGGGUUACAAAGUUGAGGAGUGCCCUAUUACCUUUGUCGACCGCCUUUACGGAGAGAGCAAGCUUGGUGGCGAAGAAAUCGUGGAAUACCUGAAGGGUGUGUUCACACUCUGGCUCCGGGUCUGA